UGUGUAGUUCUUGACAUGUGUCAAGUCUGGUGUAUUUAAAAAAUGUAAAAAAUGAAAACAAAUAGUAUCACUGGUGCUUCCGGGAAUUUAAUUAAUUAAUUAAUAUUGUACACCACAGUCUCUCUCAAGAAUCAUUUAUUAAUUUGUGAUUAUUCCAGUUUCUUCCAUUUAUAUGUAUAUAAAUAAAUAUGAAGUCAAAAUUUAUAUUUGUAAUAUUACUUUUAAUAACCUUUAAAGGAAAAGAAUUAAACGGACUUCGUUGUUAUGUCUGCUCGGACGAUGGUACUGUUCCAUGUUUGAAUUUUGAUUCAGAAAAGGGAAAAUUUAUACAACAAUGCGAUCGCUCACAAAAAGGAUGUUUCCUGAAGAUUGAAGGUAAUAAUAAAACAAGAUCAUGUGUGGAUAAAAAACUCGACGAUUGCAAAAUGGCAAAUGAAGUGGAAUACUGUUUCUGUUCCUCAGAAUUGUGUAACACUAGUACCAACAAGUUGUCAGAUAUUACAGAUGAUGAAGAUUUAAUUGAAGGCAGUGGCACAAAAAUAGCCUUUGAUAAUACCAAAGUAACAGAAAAUAACCAUAAACCAAAGCAAAACACAACAGUUGUUCUUGUUCGGUCAUCAGAUGUUAGAAAUGUGGUUUGUUUAUAUCUAGCAUAUUUUUUGGUCACCUCUACUUUGUUGUUUUAAAGAGUAUUGUAAGAAGUUAAGAUAGCUGUUACAUUUUGAAAAUAAUUGCAGUUCAAUUGUGCUUAGAAAAUGUAAUUAAAUAUCUUUGUCUAACAGCUACCUUAAAAUUAAAACAACUGGAUCAAUUCUGGCCAACAAUUACUGAAGUAUUACUAAAUCAGUAUUAAUCAUUUACAAAAUGCUUUUCUGUUAUUUGUUUAUAAAAGACAUCAACUUCUUUUCAUUCCUAUUUACAUGUUUCAAUUGAAUACAUUUAAAUAAGACUGGCAGCUCACAACUUUUUAGUGAGAAAGUACCUUUUUGAUUAUUGAAAAUGUGUAAAACAGUGGGAAUUUAUAUUUUUAUUAAAAGUCUUGUUUCAAAUUAACUGAAAAAGUACAUAAUAUAUUGAAGAUUUGAAACAAGACUGGUUUUGUAAACUGUUAAGCUCAAAUGCUAUUUUUAAUUUUUGAAUAUUUUCCAUGAUAAACAUUCGAGUUUGAAAAUGCCUUUCAAAUAGGGUAUCACAUUAUAAUUUAUUUUUUUGUCAGGAUUCUAUGUGAGAUAUCAUUCAAAACUCUGACAUCUCAAUUAGUACUUUUACAUUCAACUGUGCCCCUCUUGUUAAAACACCAUUUUUCUAAACAGCUUAUUAUAUUGACACAUAUCUAAUAUGUAAAGCUCAAUUAUAUUUCAUAAAUAUAUCUGAUAAUAUUGCCUGCCCAACAAUUGGAUGAUAUCCCGAUUUGUGGUUUUUGAAAUUUUACUCAUACAUUUUUUACAAUUUAAAUGUGUACAAAUAUCUUUAUAUUAGUCUAAGAUCCUGACUUAAAUUGACCUUCACAGAUCCUUUUUCCAAAUUAUAUGUAGAAUAUUUUAUCAGCUUAACUGUUUAUACCUGCCAACCCCAUAUUAGGGCAAGGAAAAAGGUAGCCAACCCUACUUUGGCGUUUUAUUUACUUUUAUUCUCGAUUGGUAUUAAAUUUUUCGAAAAAUGUUUUUCUGUAACUAUCAGUAAAAAUGUAAUUAAAUUAUUAAUAAAAAAUAGCCUGGACCCUGGCACGUUGUGUUUAUUUAUAAAAUAUAUAUGUAUUUAAUUGGGAAAAAGGAUUAAAGAAGGUCGAUUUAAGUCAAGAUCUUGUACUACAUGUAUCCAUGCGCAAUGCAUUACUCAAAACUACAAACUCCUCUGAACUAUCAUAUUUUUAGUAUUAUGCACCUUGGAUAUAACAUUAUUAUAAUUCAAAAUACUCUUAAACGAUAUUGUGGCUGUUUUUUUUUUUGUAUUUCAAAAUGUUAUUCUUUUGAAUAACCGUUGUUUUCGUUUUUUUGUUCCUAAUAUUCUUUGUAUGGAGUAUUCUAUGAAAUUUAUUUUUCAUACUAAAUUAUAUAAUUAAGUAUUAAAUUCUUUAGAAAGAGUUUAUAUAAAAAAUUUAUAUUUUUAUAUAUUUUAACGCCAAAGACGUAUUUUUUGCAAUUUUUACUGUGCAAUAUUAAAUAUUUUAGCAUUUGUUGUAAUAUUAAUAUUAUAUGAGAUUAAUAGAUUGUAAGGCUUUUGCUAAAUAUGAAGUAUUAACAUUUUUCUAGUCAACAAAAAAGCAAACGCGUCUUGUAACUACAAAUUUAAAUUAAUUUAGUUAUAUUUAGAUUUUUCAUUGACCAAAAAUUGUUAAAUUUUAGCGGCCAAACAAACUUUUUGUUUGUUGAAUCAAAUGAGACAUAAACUUUGUUGUAAUCACUUACCAAAGACCUAAAAUUGAGAAAAGAACGUUUUCAUGCAGCAGACAAAUUCAAUCGGUUAUUUGCUUGCAUGGGCGGUGCCAGUGGGGGUAAAAGGGGCAAAGGACUUCGCACUUUCUCAGCUGCGCUCAAGUUUACUUGAAUGCGAUCAGUAUGAUUAUAACUUUGACUAUGUUUGCUGACAAUUACUGAAAAUGUUCUAUCAUAUUUAUAAACAGAGUUACACUGGAAUUUAGAGAUGGGCAAUACAAAAUUUGUUACUGUCCAUCUCUAAAUUCCCAUGAUAUAACUGAACUUCUAUUAUUCGUUCAAACACGUGCUCAGUCAAUUUAUAAAUAUGAACCUUAAUGCAUGUUCCUAUGGCGCGACUUAAAAGUGCUAAGUCUAGAACCCCUGCUGGCUCUAAUGGUUCCUUGGAGGUUCUUAAGUCACUAGAAGAAAAUUCCGUAUACUAUACAGUGUCUGCUAAUGAACACUUUCCAAUACGUUUUGCUAAUGUUGAAGUGAAAACUACAGAUAGUUAGCAAUUAGGGCAAGAAGGAAACGAAUAUCAACGUUGCCGUGUGCGCUGUGAGUAGGCACACAGCGAGAUAUAUCGCCACGCGGCUGGACAUUAACAAAAGCGUAUUGGAAAGCGUUCAAUAGCCGACACUGUAUAAUACUUCUUACUUAAUAAACAUAAUUGUUUCCAUUUGGUUCUACAAAAAAAAUAUAUACAAGACCAGAAACUACAAAAUGUGUUUGUGUAGUUUCGGUUAAGUGCUUAAGAUGAGUGCAUGCUUGUAGAAUGCAUCAAGACAUUGCAUCACAUUGUUACUGGUGACUGAAUUUAGUGUAGUAAACAUAAUAGCGAUUCUUAUGAUGAGUUAUGGCGUCCAAGUUAUCUCUAAAACUUCUUUAGCUCAAUACUGGUUAGUAGGUUAAAUUCAACUAGUACCACUGAAUUCAAAUCUGAAACAUUCGUCAAAAUAUUUGUUGAUACACUGGACUUAAUUUUGUUAAAGCGCUCAAAGUUACAUAUACGGAUUUAGACUCUUGUUGGUAACAAACCUCACAUAGAGUAUAUAGAGGUAUUUGAAGAUUUGAGAACGAGCCUCAAACGGCGCUUGGCCCGAAUUAGCACAGAUUGCCGUCUAGGAAUCUCGACAGUCAAUGUCGUUUGGGUUCGAAUCCAAUGGCGACAGGCUUUUUUUCAAAUCUCUAAGUAUGUUUUCACCUUUGGGGUUCAGAAUUGUUUUAGAUUUGUUUCUGAAUUUUCAAAUUAUUUUACAACUCAUUUUAGAUAAUUCUGACCUUUCGGAUGUCGAUUUGCGAUCUACGAUAUAAAUUUUCAAUCUCAGUUAAGUCUAGAGAUUAACUUUCAUCAGUAGCUCGAUGUAUUUCUGUUCUGUUUUAAUUUUAGUCUGGUCUAUAACCAUGACAAUAGACAAUAAGACAUAUUCAAAUAUAUAUUUCAAAUAAUUUAAAAGUGAAAGUAACCAGUUCACUCUAAAAAAUAUCCACAAUUUAAAUACACAAUUAGUCGUAGGAUAAUUGUGAGCCAAUUACAGAAAACUCCAACUUCACGAAACAUUUUUGGCUGAAUUGAAAAAAUUAUAGGUUAUUAUUUGCUAAACACAAGACUAACCAUGGUUUGCUCUGGUUUAGAUGUCAAAGUAAUAAAGUUCGGGGCUAAAAUUUUGGAGUGACUACAAAGGCAACCUUAGUUAUUGAAUCCUGCCAUGUGGCGUUGCCAGAUCUACUCUACAAAAAAAUCGAAAAGGUGAGCUUAAGUGUCUCCCUAUCUACUUCGUUGGCCGUCAACACGUUAUCUAAGGGAUCUGUCGAUCUGGAAGGCAAACUGGAAAAGUAGUGGUGCAUUUUUUGUCAAGUUUAUGGUUAAUCAUCGGACGUACUUACUAUCGAUUUGUGCAGUAUUGCCAGAUCUUCUAUAUAAAUUUCUCCAGGUCUGAGAAAACCGAAAAAGUGGGCUCAAGUCUCUACCUAUCUACUCAGCUGGGCUUCAACGUUAUCCGUCUAAGGGAUUUAUUGAUCUGGACGGCAUACUAGAAAAGCGGUGUAGCAUUUUUGUCAAGUUAGCGAACUUACUUACCAUUAAUCCAUGCGGUGCGGUAUUGCCAGAUCUACUUCCCCAGAUCUGAGGAAAAAUCGAACUGGGCUCAAGUGUCAAAUAAAAGAGGAAUGAUUCCUCUGUAACAAUAACUAGGGUUGCUAAUGUUCGCACUCACUUCAAAAUAUAUAGCACCGAAGUUAGUUCUUAUUUUGAUGUCUGAGUAAAACCAAAGCAAACCAUGCUUGGUCUGGUGUUAAGCAAUUAAUAACCCAUAAUUUUUUUUAAUUCAGACUAAAAUAAUAUGUCCAAAUCUUGUUUAGAUUCUAGCAACGACGUCAUGACUUUAAAUCGCUCGAAUUUGCUUAUAAUUGUGCAUCUAGUCUAUUUUGUGG